AUGUCGUACCCCGUCAUUGCUCUUGGCGUCGCCGCCAUCUACUUCCUGGUCAGAUACCUCAAUGCUACCGACAUUCCGAAAAUCAAGGGCCUGCCCGAGAUUCCAGGCGUCCCCAUCUUCGGCAAUCUGAUUGAGCUGGGCACAGACCAUGCACGCGUUGCGCAGCGAUGGGCGCGCAAGUACGGGCCAGUCUUUCAGACCCGGCUGGGCAAUCGCCGCAUCAUCUUUGUCAAUUCCUACGAAACCGUCAAGUACUUCUGGAUCACUCACCAGUCGUCUCUCAUUUCCCGUCCCAUGUUCCACACCUUUCACUCGGUCGUGUCGUCCUCGCAGGGAUUCACCAUCGGCACCUCGCCCUGGGACGAGUCGUGUAAGCGCCGCAGAAAGGCGGCCGCCACGGCUCUCAACCGCCCAGCUACGCAGUCUUACAUGCCGAUUCUCGAUCUCGAAUCCACCGUGAGCAUCAAGGAACUGCUGGAGGACUGCAAAGCCGGCACGCGGCCCGUAGACCCCAUCAACUACGUUGCCAGGUUCGCGCUCAAUACGUCGCUGACGCUCAACUACGGAUACCGCAUCGACGGGUCUAUUGACAGCGAGCUUCUCCGGGAGGUCACCCACGUGGAGCGGGAGAUUUCGAAUUUCAGAUCAACGAGCAACAAUUGGCAGGAUUACGUUCCCCUGCUGCGACUGUGGGGUGCUCAGAACUCGUCGGCGCAGGAGUAUCGACUCCGGCGCGACAAGUAUCUUUCGGAUAUGCUGGACCAUCUCAAGGCGGAAAUUGCAAAGGGCACGGAUAAGCCUUGCAUUACAGGAAACAUCUUGAAGGAUCCCGAGGCAAAAUUAAACCUUGCCGAGGUCAAGUCGAUUUGUUUGACCAUGGUCUCUGCCGGUCUCGAUACCGUGCCGGGCAAUAUCAUCAUGGGCAUGGCAUUCCUCUCCACUAAGGAAGGGCAGGCGGUACAAGCCAAGGCCCUCAAGGCAAUCGAAGACGUAUAUCCAGAGGGCGACGCUUGGGAAAAGUGCCUGGUGGAAGAAAAAGUGCCCUAUAUCACUGCGCUCGUCAAGGAAGUCCUCCGAUACUGGACCGUGAUCCCGAUUUGUCUUCCACGCACCAGUAUUCGAGACAUCCCUUACAAGGACACUGUGAUUCCUGCAGGAACUACCUUUUUCAUGAACGCCUAUGCCGCCGACUACGACGAAGAGCGAUUCAAGAUGCCCGAGAAAUUCAUCCCCGAGCGGUUCUUGGAAGACACAGAAGUUGGCACGCCGCAUUAUGCGUACGGAGCGGGGUCUCGCAUGUGCGCAGGCUCGCACCUUGCGAACCGCGAGCUGUACACGGCGUAUAUUCGCCUCAUCACGGCAUUCGAAAUGUUCCCGUCGGAGAAUCCCGAGGAUGCGCCUUGCAUGAACUGCAUCGAGUGUAACGCCACGCCCACGUCGUUGACGUUGGAUCCGAAGCCGUUCAAGAUUGGCAUUAAGCCGCGCUCCAAGUCCAGGCUGAGACAGUGGAUUGCGGAAGCGGAGGAACGAACAGCGCACUUGAGGUAG